CGAUUCCAAACUAGCCCGAGAUACAGCUCUCUGCCCCCCUCCCCACGCCCCAGUGCGCUGUGGGAUAGUAUAAAGUAUAUCCUGUCCUCACAGAGAGAUAAGAAACCAAGGCAGGAGAGGGGAUGAAGAUGGCGGACGCCAAGCAGAAGCGGAACGAGCAGUUGAAGCGAUGGCUGGGCUCGGAGACGGACCUCGAGCCGCCCGUGCUAAAAAAGAAGAAGACGAAAGUGAAGUUCGACGACGGCGCGGUGUUUUUGGCCGCCUGCUCGAGCGGCGACACAGAAGAGGUGCUGAGAAUGCUGGACCGAGGUGCCGACAUCAACUACGCCAAUGUGGACGGUCUUACCGCGCUCCAUCAGGCCUGCAUAGACGACAACCUGGACAUGGUGACCUUCCUGGUGGAGCACGGCGCCGGAAUCAACCAGCCCGACAACGAGGGCUGGAUCCCGCUGCACGCCGCCGCCUCCUGCGGCUACAUGGACAUAGCAGAGUACCUGAUCAGCCAGGGGGCCAGCGUGGGCGUGGUCAACAGCGAGGGCGAGACCCCCCUGGACAUCGCCGAGGAGGAGGCCAUGGAAGAGCUCCUGCAGAACGAGAUCAACCGGCAGGGGGUGGACAUCGAGGCGGCCCGUAAGGAGGAGGAGCGGGUCAUGCUGCGGGACGUGCGGCAGUGGCUGAACAGCGGCCAGAUCGACGACGUGCGCCACGCCAAGUCCGGCGGGACGGCGCUGCACGUCGCCGCCGCCAAGGGCUACGCCGAGGUUUUAAAGCUUUUAAUCCAGGCAGGGUAUGAUGUAAAUAUUAAAGAUUUUGACGGCUGGACCCCGCUCCACGCCGCGGGCCACUGGGCGAAGGAGGAGGCCUGCCGGAUCCUGGUGGAGAACUUCUGCGACAUGGACGCCGUCAACAAAGUGGGCCAGACGGCGUUUGAUGUAGCAGACGAAGACGUCCUCGGGUACUUGGAAGAACUGCAGAAGAAGCAGAACCUGCUGUUGAGCGAGAAACGAGACGUGAAGAAGUCCCCUUUGAUUGAAACCACGGCGGGGGACAACAAUCAGCUGCUUAAAUCUCUCAAUAACAAAGAGACGGUCGUGCUGGAGCCAGAGAAACCGGCGCCGCGCAUCGAGCCCCCGGAGCCCGAGAAGGCCGACGGGAAGGACGAGGGGAAGGACGGGAAGGACGAGGGGAAGGACGAGGGGAAGGACGAGUCCAGCUGCUCCAGCGUGGACGUCGACUCGGACGACACAGACUCUGAACCUGACACAGGAAAGAAGAAGCCUACCGCGACCGUGAGCAGCGGCUCCGCCCCGGCGCCCGCCCCCGUGUCCCCGCCGGCCACGCCCACCUCCCCCACCUCGCCAAGCAAGAAGCAGGCCCCUCCCACGGAGAACCUCUCCCCGAAAGAGGAGGAGGGGGGCAGGGACAAGUCGCCGUCCUCCUGGAGGCAGGGCCUGCGGAAGACGGGCAGCUACGGGGCGCUGCCCGAGAUCGCCGCCGCCAAGGAGGCGCAGAAGGACAGGGAGCUGUCGGGCGUGACGCGCUCCGCCUCCAGCCCCCGCCUGUCCUCCACCCUGGAGAACAAGGACAAGGAAAGGGAUAAGUGGACCAGGCUGGCGUACGUCGCUCCCACCAUCCCCUCCUCCCGCAGGCUGGGCAGCGCGUCGGACGCGGACGAGAAGGAGAACAGGGACUCUGCGGCGAGCCUGGUGCGCAGCGGCUCGUACGGCCGGCGGCGCUGGGACGAGGAGACGCGGAGCGGCGAGGGCGCCGCCCCCCAGGACAAGCCGCCCGGCUACCAGCGCAGCACGUCCCACUCGCUGGCGCUCGGGCGGAGCAGCGGCGGCGGCGGCGCCCGAGACGUUCCCGCCAAGUCGCCCUCGGCCGGCAGCCUGGAGCCGCUCUCCUGCAACGCCAAGCCCGGCCAGUCCUACAGCGUGCACCGAAGCAGCUCCUUCGGCAGGAGGCAGGAGGAGGCGCAGAGCUCCGUCACCUCCUCCUCCGCCACCUCCCCGUCCGUCACCUCUCCCACCGGGCACCGGGGCCUGCUGACAGGCUCAGGCCCCUCCUCCACCCGCUCCAGCUCCUCCUCCUCCACGCCCUCCAGCGUGAGCAGCAGGCUGUGGUCGGAGGAGAGCACGGCGAGGGACUCCGUGGCCGUCAUCCCUACCGUGGUGGGCCUGGUGUCCGGCGGCACCACCACCGCCACCACCACCGCCGCGGGCACCGCGCUGACCUUCGACGGCAGGGAGAAACGCGGGUCGUACCUCACUCCAGUGCGGGACGAGGAGUCGGAGUCGCGGAGGAAAGCACGCUCGCGACAGGCCCGGCAGUCCAGACGCUCCACGCAGGGCGUGACCCUGACCGACCUGCAGGAGGCGGAGAAGACCAUGGGCCGGAGCCGGCCGCCUCGGACCCUGGAGGAGGAGGAGAAGGAGAAGCAGGACAAGGAGAAGCAGCAGCAGCAGCAGGAGGAGGAGGAGGAGAGGAAGGAGGCGGAGGCCAAGGAGGAGGAGACCAGGUCGCGCUACCGCGGCUCUGAGGAGACGUACCAGCGUUACCGGCCGUCCCAGCCCGGGCCCCUCAGCCGGCCCAACAGCCUGACGGGCAUCACGUCGGCCUACUCCAGCCAGGGCAGGACCCCCAGGGAGGAGGACACCGAGCCGGACAGGAGGGAGGAGGAGGAGGAGAGGGACGGGGACGACCGCGCCCAGCCCCGCUCCAUACGGGAGCGCAGGAGGCCGCGGGAGAAGAGGCGCUCCACGGGCGUGCCCUUCUUGACUCAGGAUAGCGACGAGAACGAUCCGGAGCGGCUGUCGGACACGGAGGAGGGCAGCGACCGGACCGCCCCCCAGAGCGACAGGCUAACAAGGAACGACCUGGGGCCGUCGAGCACGUCCACUGCUGAGCGCUGGGAGCGUGGCCAUGGCGACAGGCGGCGGCCGUACUCCAGCCGGGCGGAGCGGGAGGACUCCACGGAGUACAGAAAGCUUUAUGAACAGAUCCUAGCGGAGAACGAGAAGCUGAAGGCGCAGAUACGCGACACGGACCUGGAGCUGGCCGACCUGAAGCUACAGCUAGAGAAGGCCACGCAGAGGCAGGAGCGGAUCUCUGACAGGUCGCAGUUGGAAAUGGAGAAAAGGGAAAAAAGGGCUCUAGAACGGAAGAUCACUGAGAUGGAGGAAGACCUUAAGAUGCUUCCGGACUUGAAAGCGGACAACCAGAGGCUAAAGGACGAGAAUGGAGCCCUGAUCCGAGUCAUUAGCAAACUUUCAAAGUAAGACCCCCCCCCCCCCCACCCCGCACCCCCCGCCCCCCGCUGCCCGUCAGCAGCGACUAACGGUAUUGCACAUUUAGAUAUUAAUUGCAGCAGACAUCAGCUACGAGAAGGCUCUUUCACU